AAAUUGAGAUUGAAUCAUAUUCUACCCACGUGUCGCCAAAUCAUUGGCUAUUGGAAUUCGCACGCAGAUGACAUCCCUCUCUAUCUUCGAACGUCUUUCCCAACCGCCGUAACGCCCAUAAGCCUCUCCGCCGCCAACCAACUCCAAAACCACCAUUGCUCCGCCGCGUUCAAUCUUCAAAGAAUGGCCUUCAGCACAACCUCAAAGCUCAAUAGUGGGAAUACUUGGGCCACCGGAUCCAUCCACCACGAUUCUCGCACUCAUAGAGGAAGUGCGCCGCCAAGAAUCCGAAUUGCUGCGGCGGCGCAGUCGAGUGGCGGCAGAGUGACGGCGGAUUUCGAGGAGGGGCAGCUGGAGAGACCCAAAUGGACCGGCGAGACGCCGCUUUCGCGGCUCGUCGGAGCUCUGAUUUCAUUCAAACCCCUCUAUUCUGUAAUGAAGCUUGGUGCUAGACAAGUUUUGAUCAGUACAGCUGAAAAAACAAGCAUUCCGUGGAGGGAUAUGACUAAGGAGAUUUUGGAGUCCGAUGUUUACAAGGAGAAAGAUUCCAUUGAGGAUACCUCACUCGUUUAUCCAGAUUAUUAUCUCAAUCCUUUCCAUGCAUAUGAUGAGGGGAACCUUUCUUGGCUGGCUGCAGCAGAAGCAGAGGCGGCCACCAUGUCAAUGGUGAGAAGGGCUAUACCUCAUGCCUCAUCUCUCGAAGAAGCAAACCAAAUUGUUCGCGGAAAUUGGCUUCAAGCAAUAGAAAACCAUCAUUUGAAACACUCGGGAGGCACGAGAAUUGGUGAGAUUCUUGAUAUUGGAUGCUCAGUUGGUGUCAGCACGCGAUUUCUUGCUGAAAGAUUCGCCUCCGCCAAAGUCACAGGGCUCGAUUUAUCUCCUUACUUCCUCGCUGUUGCUCAACACAACGAGAAGAAGAGAAACGCAGGGGAGAAUAGAAUGAGAUGGAUCCAUGGAAAUGGGGAAAACACCGGCUUGCCCUCAAACUCCUUCGACCUUGUCUCCAUUGCUUAUGUGUUUCAUGAGUGCCCUGAAAGAGCAAUCAAGAAUAUGGUGGAGGAAGGUCUUCGGCUGCUUAGGCCGGGAGGCACGUUUGCUGUGACCGAUAACUCGCCAAAAUCCAAGAUUCUUCAGGAACUAUCACCAGUGCUGUUCACGUUGAUGAAGAGCACAGAGCCUUUUCUGGAUGAGUACUAUCUGACAGAUCUUGAAGGAGUGAUGAAGCGAGCUGGUUUCGCCAAUGUGCACACGCUCUUGACAGAUCCUAGGCACAGAACUGUCACUGCUACGGCGCCCUUUUGAUUCUUCUCUUUCAUUUUUCUUCCUUCUCACUUGUUUUAUUUAUCAUAACAAAAAUACAGAAAAAGCAUCUACUUUGGAUAAAACCCAAAUCUCAGGAUUCAGCCUUCAUUCAUGUAUAGCGUCGGCGAGUUGAAUUAAUUUGAUGAACCAAACUUUUUAUCAAA